CACACCCCUAUUUUUUUUCCUUCUUUUCGUUUACAAUAUGUCAUGUUCAAAAAUAUUUUCAGGAGAUUUACCUGAAUUAAUAUAUGAAAUCAUCAAAAAUUUUCAGAAUGAUUAUUCAACCUUACAUUCAUGUAUUUUAGUUAAUAGAUUAUGGUGUCGUCUAGCGAUCCCAUUAUUAUGGGAAAAUCCAUUUUCAAUUACUACCGGAAAUUAUAAUUUUAUUGAAGUUUACUUAUAUAAUUUAAAUGAUUAUUUAAAAACAAAAAUAAAUGAUUAUCAAAUUAUUAAUUAUUUAUUACCUUCAAAUACACUUUUUAAUUAUCCUAGUUUUAUAAAAUAUUUGAACAUAUAUAAAAUUGCUCUUUCUAUUGAGAGGUGGUUAAAAGCUAAUUAUAAAGCUUCAAAUUCAGUAAAUUUGGUAACAUAUAAUUCAAUUUUAGCAUCGGUAUUUGAAUUUGAAAAAUUAAUUAAUAUGUCACUAAUUAAAUUAUUUAUUGAAAAUGAAGUAAAUUUACAUACUUUGGAAAUUGGGAUAAGCGCAGCUUUCUACAAAUAUUAUAAUGUUUAUGUUGAUAUUUCUGAGAUAAUUUUACAAAAUCCUAAUUUCAUUCAUAAUAUUAGAAAUUUAAGCCUUUCUGCUGAAAAUAAUCAUUGUAAAAAUGCGUUAAUUAAAAAUUAUAUAUCACAAAUAAUUGGCUUACAUCAAAAUCUUAAAAGAAUUUUAUUUGGUCAUAAGAGUUUAUCUUUGUAUCAAUCAUUAGUAUUAUCAAAAGAAUUUAAUUGCUCAAAUACCUUAAAUACAAUCAUUUUUUGUCGAGUCAGUUUUAAUGGUAUAAAUAAUUUAGUUAAUGUAUUUGAAAAUUUAAAUGUUUUAGAAUCUGUUCAUAUCAUUUAUUGUUCUACUUUAGAUAAUUUUAUUCAACAAAUUACUAACUUAACCAAACCACUUAAACUAAAAUCUUUAUUUAUAAGGGUGAAUCUGCCAACUGAUUCAUUACAAUCAUUAUUACAAAAAUAUGGGAAUUAUUUAGAAAAUUUCAAAUGCGGGAGUUACGAAUUUGAAGUUCAACAACGGCACUUAGAAUUAAUUAUGAAAUAUUGCAUAAAUAUCAAAUUUCUUGACUUAUAUGGAAUUGAAAGUCACAUUACUUCUAAAAUGUUUGGUUUGAUUGAAAAUAUUAACCAAAGUCUUAAUUAUCUUUCAAUCAAUGUAGGAAAUUGUCAAAAUGAGCUAAUAUUACAAAAUUUAGGACAAAUACUCCCUUCUAAACUUGAAUAUUUAAGUUUGGCUCUUCGCUUGAUUAAAGUAAAUGAUUUUGAAGUAUUCUUAAAAAAUUCUCAAGAUACUUUCUUUAAAAAAUUUUUAAUUAGUAAUUUGGUACGAGAAUAUAGUGAUGAUAUUGAUAUUUUACCUUAUAUAAAAGAAUAUAUUAUGAAGAAGAAAAGAGUCCAAUAUUUGGCAAUUAAGAAUACUAUACGCAAUAGGGCAGAUGUAAAUUUGUCUAAUUUUAAAGAUGAAGUGAAGGAAUUUAAGUUACAUAAUAUUAUAGUUCUAAAAUAUAUUGAUUUAUUUACUGAUGUUAAUAGAUUUAUAAAUGAAAUUGAUUAAUUAUUUAGUUGUUAUUUAAAAUAUCAGAUAUCAAUUUUAUAAAUGGAUGUUGUUUUAUAAAUUAGUACUUAU